CUGUCCCUGUCCUGGAUGAUCUGAAAGAUGAAGCUUCCUGGACGAGAAAACAAAACAGCUGUGGUUGUGGGGACAGUCACAGAUGAUGUGCGCAUUCUCGAAGUGCCCAAGCUGAAGGUGUGUGCACUGAGGGUGAGCAGCCGGGCCCAAAGUCGCAUCCCGAAGGCUGGGGGUAAGAGCAUCACCUUUGACCAGCUAGCCCUGGAGUCUCCCAAGGGCCGUGGCAUUGUGGUCUUGUCUGGACCUCGAAAGGGCCGGGAGGUGUACCGGCAUUUUGGCAAGGUCCCAGGAACCCCACACAACCAUACCAAACCGUAUUCCAUUCCAAGGGCCAGAAGUUUGAACAACCCCUCGCGUCUGGGGUUAGGCUUUGACACUGGAGUAGAGACAGUGCGGUAA